UUGAAGGGGGUGCAAAAAAAAAGAAAAAAGAAAAAAGAAAAGAGGUUUUCCCAGUUCAGGCUUCACUACUCGACACACUGAAGUCGAUAGGCGACAGCUCAACUCUCGUCUUCUCCAGCCGGACCGCCGCCUCCGCCUCUUCCAGACUCACGCCGGUCAGCGACUCAGUGUCCAUCCCUCCAGGCUCCAGCGUGAACCAGCGUCCAGUCGGACCCACCCUCCUCUCGGCUCUCGACUUUGUCUUACCUUUCCUGUUAGGAGAAGCCACUUACCUUUCUUGUUAGGAGAAGCUACAGGAGACCUUAAGGCAUUGGCUCUCCACCAAACUUUGAACCAGAGCGAGAAAGUAACGACCAAAUCGCCAUCAACCAUGUUGAUUAGAGCUUUUCUUCUCCUCUUUCUCAUCUUCUCUUCUGCCUAUACUACCUUCUCUCUCUACGAAGACCAAGUCGGCCUCAUGGAUUGGCAUCAACGAUACAUCGGAAAAGUGAAGCACGCAGUGUUCCACACCCAGAAGGCGGGGAGGAAGCGCGUGGUUGUCUCCACUGAAGAGAACGUCCUCGCCUCCCUCGAUCUUCGCCAUGGAGAUAUUUUUUGGAGGCAUGUAUUGGGGCACAAAGAUGUGAUUGAUGGAAUUGAUAUCGCCCUUGGGAAAUAUGUUAUUACUCUGUCAUCUGGAAGCACUUUAAGAGCAUGGAACCUUCCAGAUGGCCAGAUGGUGUGGGAGUCAUUCCUUUCUGGCUCAAGUCCUUCAAGAUCAAUUUUAUUAGUUCUAUCAAAUUUGAAAGUGGACAGGGACAGCUUGAUCCUUAUUUAUAGUAGUGGGUAUUUGCAUACUGUUUCAAGCACCGAUGGGGAGGUUAUCUGGAAGAAAGAGCUAGCAAAUGAAGGCCUUGACAUUCAACAUAUAGUUCAUCCCGAAGGCACUGAUGAUGUAUAUGCUGUAGGUCUCACUAGUUCAUCCCAGUUUGUAGCAUAUAAAAUAAAUGCUAGGAAGGGUGAGCUGCUAAAGCAUGAGAGAAUGGUAUUUCCGGGCGGAUUUUCUGGCGACAUAUCAUUAGUGACAAGUGAGAAAGUGGUGGCACUGGAUUCCACUGGGUCAAUCCUAGUAUUUAUAAUUUUCAAGGAUGGACUAAUUAACUUCCAACAGGUGCAUAUAGCAGAUCUUGUUCAGGAUUUUACUGGAGCAGCUGUGCUCUUACCUUCUAAGCUUACAGGGAUGGUUGCUAUACAUAUAAACAAAUUCAUAUUAUUUCUUAGAGUUACAUAUGAAGGGAAACUGGAGGUAGUUGAUAAAGUUGCUUAUGGUGCUGUUAUCAGUGAAUCUUUGUCGCUUUCUGAAGGUCACCAAGCUUUUGGGCUUAUCAAGCAUGGUGUUGGUAAGAUUCAUCUCUCUGUAAAAUCAAUCAAUGACUGGGGUAGCAAUUUACUUGAGGAAAGCUCUGCAAUAGACAGUCAAAAGGGGCUUGUUCAUAAGGUUUUCAUCAACAGCUAUAUCAGGACAGACAGGUCUUAUGGAUUUAGAGCCCUGAUUGUCUUAGAAGAUCAUUCCCUAUUGUUACUACAACAAGGUGAGGUUGUCUGGAGCAGAGAAGAUGGACUUGCCUCUAUUGUAGAUGUAACAACAUCAGAAUUACCUAUAGAAAAGGAUGGUGUAUCUGUUUCCAAAGUGGAGCAGAACCUUUUUGAAUGGCUUAAGGGACAUUUGCUAAAGCUAAAAGGAACCCUGAUGCUUGCUACCCCUGAUGAUGUGGCAGCUAUACAACAAAUGAGGUUAAAAAGCUCUGGGAAAAGCAAGAUGACACGUGAUCAUAAUGGAUUUAGGAAACUACUCAUAGUACUUAGUCGGUCGGGGAAACUUUAUGCACUUCACACUGGAGAUGGGAGGAUAGUAUGGUCUUUCCUAGUAAAUGCUCUUCGAAAAUCAGAGACUUGUGAAAACCCAAAUGGGCUUAAGAUACAUCAGUGGCAGGUCCCUCAUCAUCAUGCCAUGGAUGAGAAUCCAUCGGUUCUUGUAGUUGGCAAAUGUGGAUUAAAUUCAGAUGCUCCAAGUGUUCUGUCCUUUGUUGAUUCAUACACUGGGAAGGAACUCAAAAUUUUGAAACAUGUUCAUUCCAUUGCACAGGUUAUUCCUCUCCCAUAUACUGAUUCCACUGAGCAACGACUACAUCUAUUGAUAGAUACUGAUGGUCAUGCGCACUUAUAUCCCAGAACUCCUGAGGCUCUUGGAAUAUUCAAAAGUGAAUUGGGAAACAUAUAUUGGUACUCAGUGGAUGCCAACAACAUCUUAAGGGGGCAUGCAGUGAAGGAGAAUUACUUUAAGGAUGUGGGUGAUGACUACUAUUUUGCCACUAAGUAUGUAUGGUCAGUUGUAAUCCCUUCAGAAUCAGAACAGAUCAUUGCAACUGCUACAAGAAAACUGAAUGAGGUGGUUCAUACUCAAGCAAAGGUAACCGUAGAUCGGGAUGUGAUGUAUAAAUACAUAUCUAAGAAUAUGCUUUUUGUGGCUACUGUUGCACCUAAAGCAGCUGGUGAUAUUGGUUCAGUAAUCCCAGAUGAGUCAUGGCUAAUUGUUUAUCUAAUUGAUACUGUAACUGGUCGCAUUCUUCACCGCAUGACUCAUCAAGGCUCGCAGGGACCUGUCCAUGCAGUGCUUAGUGAGAAUUGGGUUGUCUACCACUACUUCAAUCUAAGGGCACACAGAUAUGAAAUGUCUGUGAUUGAGAUCUAUGAUCAGUCUCGAGCGGAUAACAAAGAUCUCUUGAAACUUGUUCUUGGAAAGCAUAAUCUUACUAAACCAGUUUCAUCUUACUCGCGUCCUGAAGUUUUGGCAAAGUCACAGUCUUACUUUUUUGCACAAUCUGUGAAAACAAUAGCAGUAACAUCAACAGCCAAAGGCAUAACUUCCAAGCAGCUCCUUAUUGGCACAAUUGGUGAUCAGGUUUUGGCACUAGACAAGCGAUUUUUAGAUCCUCGGCGAACUGUGAAUCCAACGCAAGCUGAGAAAGAGGAUGGAAUAAUACCUCUUACUGAUUCUUUACCUAUAAUCCCACAGUCUUAUGUGACUCAUGCUGUAAAAGCGGAAGGGCUUAGAGGCAUAGUAACUGUACCGGCAAAGCUAGAGUCGACCACCCUGGUGUUUGCUUAUGGAGUGGAUCUGUUUUUCACCCAGCUUGCUCCUUCAAAGACCUAUGAUUCUCUAACUGAUGACUUCAGUUAUGCUCUGCUUCUCCUUACCAUUGUUGCACUUGUAGUGGCUAUUUUCAUAACAUGGAUUUGGUCAGAGCAGAAAGAGCUGCAGGAGAAGUGGAGGUGAGGUGACAUCCUGGAUUUUUGGAAGAACUAAAACUAGAACUAGGCGAGCUUUAGGUGAUUUUAUUUGGAAGGGCAAGAGAAACAACAGGUUUCUGAACAAAACACGGGGCCGGUUGUCAGCAAUGACGAGCACUUCUGGUUGACAUUGAAACUAUAUUUAAUACAAUCUGAAGAAGCAGCAAAAUGUGCUGUGCUGUGAGUUUUUUUUUUGAAUAUUCUUAGCACUUCAAGAUUGUGUUUUCACAGAAUGUUGCAUUCUUUGCAGUAUAUUUUGCUUGUGUAUGAUAUUUGCUUGUGUAUGAUUAGCUUGUACUUUGCUUUGGCAGAGUUUUUGAGAGAGAGAAUGAUGUGAAUCUCCUAUUUCCAUUCAAAUGGUGUAACCAGGUGUUUUACUAUGCCAUGUUAAUCACAUCCGAGAGAGAAUUUGUUGAAA